UAAGCGAUUAGCGAUUAAUCAAAGAUGCCAAAUGAAUGGCCGUGUAUUCUGUAAUUUAGAUUGUUGUAAAAAAUGGCAAAAACUUACGACUAUUUAUUUAAAUUGCUAUUAAUAGGCGAUUCUGGAGUGGGGAAAACAUCUAUUUUGUUUAGAUUUUCAGAGGAUGCCUUUAAUAUAUCAUUUAUAUCAACUAUUGGCAUUGACUUCAAGAUAAGAACAAUAGACCUCGACGGCAAAAAAGUUAAAUUACAAAUAUGGGACACAGCCGGUCAAGAAAGAUUUCGUACUAUAACAACAGCCUACUAUCGAGGUUCUAUGGGAAUAAUGCUUGUUUAUGAUGUAACCAAUGAAAAGAGCUUUGAAAACAUUAAGAAUUGGAUAAGGAAUAUUGAAGAGAAUGCAAGUGCUGAUGUUGAGAAAAUGAUUCUUGGUAACAAAUGUGACUUGGACUCUAAGAGACAGGUAUCAAAAGAACGAGGUGAACAAUUAGCGGUAGAGUAUCAAAUCAAAUUUGUAGAAACAUCUGCCAAGGAUUCUUUAAAUGUUGAAUAUGCAUUCUAUACAUUAGCAAGAGAUAUCAAAGCUAAGAUGGAGAAGAAACAGAAGGAGGCGAGUAACCCACCAGGCGCCCGUGGAGGCACACACCAAUUGAAGUCCAAUGAUCAACAGCGCAAACCGCCCUCAUGGUUGUCUCGCUGUUCCAUCCUCUGACAAUGCAGUCCCUUACGACAACUGCGCCAAUUUCUCCUGUAUUAAGUGAAUUUGGGCCAAACACCCCAACACUAUUUUUCGACCUACGUUUUUAACUGGUGCAACUCUGCAUGGAGUCAAGACUUGCUUUUGUAUUUUUAUAUCCAUAUAAUAUCAUUUUCUUCAGGUGUUAAAUUGUGGAUAUUAAUUUGCAAUGUCAACUAGAAAGUAGUUAGAAGGGGACACAUUUCUCUCCUAUUUUAAACAGUAUUUCUUUAUAAAUAAAUUGUUUUUAUGACAUUUUAAGUCUUAAAAUUACUGGGGUUAUGAUCACAUGGACAUGGUUUAAUAGAAAUUAUUUCAAUAGAUUAUUAGCCGUAUAUUUCUUUUGCUAUAUUAAUUAAGAUAUAUAUUUUAAUGUAAUAUAUACUACAUAUUUAAUUUGAAUAAACAGUG